GGGAGUUGCUGGACGGCCGUAUAAGUAUGGCCAUGUGCUCCGAUAUCUCGAAGUCUCUCUCCUCAUCCACUCGGUACAUCAGAUCACUCUCUUUCUUCCUCGCUCUUUCCCUCUUUCUUCAACGGCCAGCCGUUCUUUCCACAUUCAUUAUCAUUAAUUGACACCGAGCUGCGCUCACCCCACAAUCACUUCAAAACCGAAUCCCCAAUUUCCACUACAAAAAUGCAGUUCACCACCCCCACCAUUCUCCUCGCCCUCGCCAGCCUCCUCUCCUCCGUCUCGGCCCACGGUGUGAUCGUCAGCCCGACCCCGCGCACGCCGGGAACGGCAUAUGAAGCCGCCUGCGGCAACACCAUCUACAACAACCAGAAGGCUGACCAGGCGGGGCCGAUCCAGCUGCUGAUGCAGUCGGCCAGCUCGAUCACCGACCUGGACGCCUGCAACCUGUGGUUAUGCAAGGGCUACCAGUUCGACGACAACACGGCGAACGUGCAGACAUACACUCCCGGCGAGACGAUCCAGAUGCAGGUCGACAUCCGCGCGCCCCACACCGGCUACGCAAACGUCUCCAUCGUCAACACGAAGAGCAACAGCGUCGUCGGCACUGCGCUGAAGACCUGGGAGUCGUACGCUAGCACGUCGACCGGCGUCACCGCAGACGAGACUAGCUUUGAGAUCACUGUGCCCGCCGACCUCGACGGUUGCACUACCGCUGGUGACUGUGUCAUCCAGUGGUUCUGGUACGCGCCCCCCGGUGUCGACCAGACCUACGAGGGGUGUGUCGACUUUGUGGUUGGAGGAUCCGGCAGCACCCCGUCCAGCAGCGCUCCCACGAGCACCAAGUCGACCGCCGUCCCCGUCAAGACCGCCACCAAAUCCGCCGCCGUCCCGGUGUACACCACCACCGCCGCGACCAUCAAGCCCACGUCCACCUCAGUGACCAAGCCCAUGUACACUACGACCUCCAAGGCGGCUCCCGUUUACACUACUGCGGCCCCUAGCACGCUCAUGACCAAGACCCGCACGUCGACCACCGCCCCGGCCACCGCACCCGCCGCAGGCGCGACAAAGACCUCGCAGAGCAUCAACCAGUGCCUCGACGCUGUCAACGAGUGCAUCCGCAAUGCGCAGAGCGCGCGCGGUGGCGCUGUGGACUUUUCGAGCUGUGAGGCGCAGAGGGCUGCUUGCUACUAGAAGGCUAGCCGUUCGUAGAUGGAGACGGAGGGAGAAUUGGAAGGAGGAAGGGAGGGGGGAAGAGAAGGGAUGGGAGUUGCAUCGUGGAUAUAGCAUUGGAG